AUUAGACUCGCCACGACAGCAUUUAUGACAAUCGUAAACAAUUGAUUUGUUUUGUGGAACAUGUUGCAAUAUUAUACAUAGAGGGGUCCGUCAAACAACGUGUACUGUGGAUAUGCAUCUGAUCACAUUGUUUUGUAGGACCUGAAGGACUGUACAUUUGGCUGUUGAAAGAAGGUUCUCAAAGAGCAAUCAUGCCAGUGGAAAUUACUGAACCAGUCAACCUCUCGCGCUCCAUCUUCUUCUGCAACCUAUUCAGCUUCUUUUUCUCCGCCAGCAAGUCAUGUCUGCUUCCAUUUCUGACAAUAUAUUUACGGUUUUUGGGAUUAACAGCAACACAGACAGGGUUUGUAAUUGGAGCAAAAACUUUUUCAACUUUCAUAUUUGCUCCUUUGUGGUCCAAGUGUGCAAUUCGGUGUCAGAAAAGAAGACUAGUUUUGAUGAUAGCCUUGUUCAUGAUGGCUGUAACAUAUUUACCUUUAACAUUACUAACAAAUUUGAGCCCAUCUAUGGAGAGUUGUGAUUCACCUACAACACCAACACAUUCCCAACCAUUGCUUGUCACAGAAUUCCCAAUCCAUAUUAACAGCACCCAGCUCUUGCCCAUUACACAAAAUCUGAUGCCAAAGCCUUCUACAGUGAAUUCAUCAUUUCCAUAUGCUCUAUCUACAACAGCAGAGAGUAGUGGCAUUUCAGAGACAGUUCCUACUAAAGAGAAAAAGAAUGAAGAGGAUGAGGUACUGGACAAGGUGAAAGACAUUUUAAUCAAAGUUGGUGUGAACAAGAAUAUGGUUGGGGUCCUCUCGGCAGAUGAUGUAUUCGAAUUCUACAAAAAAAUAGCAAAAGAUGAGGAGAUAUUGAAUGCAGCGAAAAAAGUUCUCUCUGAUGAUGAUAAGCAUGUUUUGAAAGAUUUCUUGAAGAGAUAUGGAGUGUCAGUUCGAAGAAAAAGAGAAUUAUCCCUGAAAGAAAUGAAAGCUACAUUUGUUCAGAAAAUACAUGAAAAAAUACAACAGGCCAAAGAAAACCUUUUUAUUGUUGUGCUGGUGAUGUUAAUUUUGGGUGAAGCCUUCUGCUCACCUGUUGAGAAAAUUGCAGAUGAUUCGUGGUUUGAAUUUUUAGAGCAAAUUGAUGAAAUGGAAAAGUAUGGGAAGCAUAGAAUAUGGAGCUCUCUGGCUUACAUUGUCUUUCCUGUUAUUGUGACUUUAGUGGUUGACAACACUACAUGCCUCUUUGAUUUGAAAGUUUAUCCAUUCAUGUUUCACUUCUAUGCAUUUGGGGCUCUCCUUGGACUCACAUUUUUACUGGGUUUCUUUUACCCUGUUCCCACUGUCCCUAAGUCAAAAUACAAGAGCAAGUUAGGGACUGCUAUGAUGAAGGUGUGCUGCACCUGUGGUGGCCUGCUUUACAUGUUCACCUUGCUGAUUAUGGGUUUUGUUUUCUCAUCAUACAGUAAUUUCUUGUUUUGGCUGAUUCAGGACCUUAAAGGGAAAGAAAUCACCAUGGGAGUGUGCAUCCUUGUGGCAAGUCUCUCCGAACUAGUGGUUCUUGUUUUUAGUUCCAGAUUAGUUAGGUUGCUAGGUAAUGGUGGAAUGAUCAGCAUCUCUUUAUUUUGCCUUGCUGCUCGUCUGCUUUAUUAUUCAUAUUUGUGGACUCCGUGGGCCGUCCUCCCUGCAGAAAUUUUCCAUGCAGUGACACACACAAUGAUGUGGUUUGUUGUCCUGAGCAAUCAAGCCUUCCGAGUUAGCCCCAGCAUUGACAGAGCAAUAAGGUCGGUUUUGUCAUCUGCUUAUUUUGGUAUUGGUUUUGGAGUUGGGAGUAUGGUGUCUGGCGUCAUGUAUGAUCAGUAUGGCCUCCCGGUGCUGUUCAGGGCACUGUCGAUUUUGUCCAUUGGUUGGUGCCCAGUCUUCUUUCUCUUACAGAAGUGUUGUCACCCAAAGCAAGACAGUGAGAUUAAAUACACUCGCCUGCUUCAGGCUGAUGAUCAUUCUGAUGAUGAUGAUGAUGACUGGUUGGAGCAUGCCCUCAAGGAUAAAUAAGAAGUAUUUCUGUCGAAUCUCAUUAUUUCCUUCCAAAGAUGCAUUAAAUUCUGGAUUUGUAUACAUUCCAAAUUAGAUCUUUUAUAUAUACAUGUAGUUGUUUUUAUAGUUGUGUUUUUUCCAUUUGUGAAAGAUAGUUUUGUUACAUUUGGUUGUUUUCUUCUCGCCAUUGACUCCAAUACAUAAACAAUUUACAUUUAUCAUAUCUUAAUAUUUAGUAAAUGGGUAGUUUCAGAUUGGUUAUGAAAUCGAAUAUAUUUUUUUCCAUGAUGUUGCCAAAGAAGCUUUCUUUAAAGUAGUAAGUCUAAGUGAGGGAUUUGUGGCUUUUAAUUACUUUAGCAUUUUGAUUGAAUCUGCUUGAUAUUUUAAAGGAAAAAAUGUUUGCCGAUAUUUCUCUUGUGUAAAUUCUUUUUUUCUUUUUUUCUUUUUUUUUUUAUGAAGUUCAUACAAAAUCAAUUCCUUAUGUAUUUAGAAAAUCUUCCAGUUAUAUUUGCAAAUGUUUUCAAUCAAUAGUAUUUCCAUACAAUGAAAUGUGCCUUGAUAUUUUGAGGUUUGUCUUCCUAUGAUUACUAGUUGGUGCUUCAUUGUUUUCCCACAAGUGCAAGUUUCUUGUUUGUAAAACUACACCAUGAUUUGUGUGCACGUUUUUGUGGUUGUUGAUAUGUGUUAAAUGUAACAUCAAACCUGUGGUUUAGUAGAUGUAAAACUGGAUAAUUUUUUUGGCCAGUCACAAAUACUGCAAAUACUGAGAAACUUUUUUUUAAGAUGCAGGAAUGUACAGUUGCUGUAUUAGUAAUUUUUUAAAAUGCUGAUUCAAGCUCAUUGUAGUGUUAACACAGUACAUGUAAGAUUGAGCAAAAUUGUUAAGGAAGUUAACAGUAGAUAUUACAUAAGAAUUUAAUAAUUAUUGAUUUUAUAGCAAGUUUUUAGUGCUUUUCUUACAAGCUAUGACCUUAAGGUUAAAGGAAUAUUAUAUUUGUUAUAAAACUCCCUUCUAACUUUAGAUUUUUAGUUUAUUUUGUUCAAAUAGUGACAUAAAAUUCAGAUGCAUACAAUGCAGGCAUUCCUCAUAUCAGAAGAAAAGUUUUUGAAAUAAGACCUUUGUAGAAGUUAAGAAAUGUAAUUACUUGAAAAUUAAUACAGUAUUUAAGGAGGAAUAACACUCACAAGGAAACUAAUGGGUAGAAAGUGGAUGGUAUGUACCAGCACAAUAAUAUUUUGAAAUUGAACACUUCAAAAUUUACCAUUCAUGUAUUUAAACAUCAAACAAACAGAAAAAUGCUGUUUUAGUGGAAAGUAACUUGAAUUUUUUUAAAACCCAGCUAGAUUUGAACCCACAUAUCAGAUCAGCAGCCCACAAGUAAACCACUGAGUAUCUAGCUCGACAAAAUUCAGAUCAACAGUCUACAAGUAAACCACUGAGCUAUCUAGCUUGACAAAAUUCAGAUCAACAGUCUACAAGUAAACCAUUGAGCUAUCUAGCUCGGCAAAAUUCAGAAGGACAAGGAAUAUGUUGCCAACACUUAUUUUUUCCACUUGCGUUUUGAAAGUAAGUGAACAUUAUGACGAUAUGUUAUUCCUCUUUUUAAAAACGGGGGAAAUCGCUGUAAUGAAUUGAAAAAACUAAUUGGAGCAUUAUCUUUGGUGUACUUAAUGGCUUUCCAUCAUUUAUUACACACAUUACCACUCACUAUUGUCCUCGCAAACCACGACAAUGCUGUCCUCGUCCUUUUUUGUUCAAUCAUAUACAUGUAUUUCUGAUGCAUUAAGAAUUCACCAUUUUUUACUUUUAUCCUUCAAGUGACAAAUCUGAAAUCCAUCUUGUACAUCCAAAGAUUUUUAUUGUACUUUAUAAUGACUCUUAUUUAUUAUGUGAAAUCCACGAGAUGUAUUGAAAUCCAUAUUAAUUUUGUUGCCCUGUUGUUAAACGUUUAAUGCAUGUGUCUUUGAUCUUGGGUGUUACUUAUACAUGUACUAUGCUUCCAUUUUCUCAAAUCCGUGAUUACACCCUCUAGAAAUGCUCAUAUCUCAUGGUGCAAUUUUGUUAAGUUUAUAAAAAAUCAACAUUGCAUUACUUUAAGAAUUACAGGUGAAAGAAUUUUAUCUAAUAUAUGUUGUUAAAAGAAUUUUUCUAUAUACAGAUAUAUAUACCUACAUGUUAUUGUAUCUUCCUAUAAUCACCUGGUUGUAGUUAGAACAGAGGAAUAUUUAUUCAUGUAUACACUUCUAAGCAAUAUUUUUUCUUUCAACUUCUUGGUUGUGCAAGUUAUAUUGAAGAUUUUUACACAUUUGAGUCUACUUUUUAAGCAUUCCUUUUGUUGAGGUCUCUUUCAGAUGUUUUAGUCACAUCUUUAGGUGUUGGUUUCAUUCUUUCCACUUUGUUACAUAUAACUAGCAUAUUCUUUUUUUGCAUAGUGAAUUAAAGCAUUGCAAGUUGA